GAAGUGUGAGAACAUCUAGGAAUCAUUCCCACCCACAGAGCCAGAUUAAAGAUUAGCCCAAAGCCUCCACUUACCAGACCACAUUCCAUUCCAUUCUGCCCCAUAAUAAUUUCAGUAAUGAUAAUAAAUAAAUAAUUAAGCAAAGCCAGGCUUUUUUCAGCUUUUCAGCUUGCUGCUGCUCAAAGGCUUGGUGUUCUUGCAUUAAUGGAAAAGGCAAUAACCACUAGCGUAACGAUGACCACUCUAGCAAAGCACUUUCCCUACUUGCACAAAUAUGUGCCACUUGUUCAAGAGUAGUGUUUUACAAUCAUGGCCCUGAAGUACCCCUGUUCUGCAUAUUUUACUGUGUUCCCCACUCUUACACACCUGGCUGAACUCUGCAGCUCAUUAGCAAGCACUGCAUGAUUUUAAAAUGAAUUUGUUGGAAUGAGGAGAACAGUAAAUUAAAAAGGUUUAAAGAGAUUCAAAGUUAAUGCAAAAUUUCACUUCAUGUUAAAUUUUAUCUUGGCUGAUCUUGCUUCUACAAGUCCAGUUCAGGUACUCUACCAAUCUAUUUUGGUACCUAGGCGAGUUCAUGGUUUUGUGUAUGUAUGUGUGUGUGGCUCCUGCCUGUCUGGGCUUCGACCUACAAGCUGUUAAUGCUAUCAGUGGAUGAAACUAAUCUAAUAAAACAGGAGGGAUGAAAGCACAAAGGCCUUGUCUUUCUCUUCCCACAUCCAUCUCACCCUCUAUCCCUUCCUCACAGCCUUCAGUGAAUGAGUGAGUAAAAGUUAACGUACAUAAUCUCUGUCCAUGGCACCAAAGAGUGUAAGGAACUUGUCUUCAAGUGAAUAAGAGUAUAUUAGUAACUGCUUCAACUUUUGUGCAAUGCUGAGCAGUCAAAUAUCCCUUUAUGUCUCUCAUUUAUUUAAAUUCAUUUACAUUCUCGGUCAUAAAGAGGAUAUUUAACUGAUAUUUAAUCCGAAUGAGAUUAGCACAGGAAAAAUAGGUCAUGGCGAGAAUUAUUUAUCACUGAGCAACUUGUCUCUCUCAUGUUAGAGGGGUUCAGCUGCAGCAGGACAACUCAUUAUUCUCUAAAUAUGUGAGGGCUUCAACUGGGGAGAAGGAUUAAGAGAUCCCAUUAAAAGUCAAUGAGAAACAAGUCACAGGCUAUGACAACACUUCUGAGAUUGCUGUCCUUGAUAUUAACGCAGGCAAGACGAGUGGAAUAAAAAGGAAGGAAGAGGGAAGAACUCAAGCAGACAGGACUGAGCUGCUAAUUGAAAGAAUCUGAGAAUUUUCAAUUCCCCCAAGUUUAAUUUCUGUUCUCUGUGUUUAUCUUUGGCAGGAACCAUGGUGAGCAAAGAGGUUGGUAAAUGCAUGCUCACCAACUCUGAAUCAGACUCUGAGGCAGCACCCUCUAUGGCCCUGGAGGUGAAAAGACCGCCGGAUGGGAGUCGGCAGGUUCGCAAGCGCAACAAAGCCUUGCAGGUACGCUUCAAGGACAUCUGUGAGGCCCAGAGUGAGCAAGCAGCUGCGGCACAGGGAGCGAAGCCCGUCUCAUAUAAAGUGGCAUAUCGCAAGUACAUGACCGUUCCAGCCCGCAGAUCCAUACCCAAUGUGACAAAAAGCACUGGAGUGCAGACCUCUCCGGACCUGAGGAAGCGCUACCAGACUUUCCCACUGGAGAGGAAAAAGGGUCAAAGUGUGAAACAUGCGGCUACAGCGGAGAGCUAUAAGGACCAGGAUAAUGGAUUUGUUAUUGAUGUUAAGAGGGCCAAAGCGGCUGAGGGGGGAAGGGAAGAGACAUCAUCUCACGCCGUACAAAAGACCAAAGCUUUGAUGCACACUAAUGAGUGCAUAGCCACCAUAGAGCACCACUCACAUGCUGCAGAAUGUACAGACAGGACACUGCUGCCCUGUCCCUCAGAGGACCAAUCAAAUUACCAGAUCUGUACGGUGAAGAGCAAACAUCGAAAGAGCUUCCAAAGGGACUCAGAGUCAUUGGACCGCUCAGGAAAAUGGCAAAUAAUAAAUUCUGAGGACAGAGAUGGCAGUACACUGCCAAACUCUAGCUCCAAAGUGACAAGCCCCAUAGCCUGGAACUCCUUAACGCAGGUGGAGUGUCUGGAGAGCCCGACGGCACGCAGCAAGCGCAAAAAGGUCCUGCAGCUAAAUGGCCUGCAAUCACAGACACUGCCGAGGACUGGCUGCACCACACAAGUGCAGUGCCAUGCUGGAAUGAUCUCUGCUCGGCCCAUACAGGCAAUGGAGGAAGCAGCAGCGGCAUCAGUUGCUGCUGCACCUGCUGCUGUUCUACCACCCUCAUGUGAGGCUGGGACAGGAACAGUACAAGGCACAGGGAAUCUACAGGUGGAUAGCGAGGCUUGCAAGCAGAUAGUGCCUGUGAAUCAGGAUAAGGAUGUAAAAGCACAGUUGCAAGCCAUGGAGAACAUGAUCAGCUCCAGUCAGGAAACCAUCAAAGUCCUGCUGGGAGUCAUUCAGGAGCUGGAGAAAGGAGAGGCUCUCAGAGAAGGUCUCUCCUAUCGGACCGGGCAGGACACGGCCAACUGCGACACAUGCCGGAACAGCGCAUGCAUUAUUUACAGUGUGGAGCUGGACUUUAAGCAGCAGGAGGACAAGCUGCAGCCGCUGAUGAGGAGGUUGUGCUCAGUGGAGGACUCGUCCUUCCCCUCUCUGCCUUACCCUCAGGAGGCCUACACCUCCACUCCCAAACGCAAGGCCAAAGCCGAGGCCAAGAAACACACGCGUUGGAAACUGUGGUUCCUCUGAACACAGCGCUCGGCAGGACAUGCGCGCAUGUUUCUACAUUGUCCCUGUCUUCAUCUUUCUCCGUUCCUGCCCUGUGUCUUUUUACACUUUCAUCAUUCUAUCACCACAGAAAAAUGGAAAAAAAGGUGGAUCCUGAACACUGAACCUGGCUAGCGCCUGCUUCAAAUUAAAAAUGAAGUCUCCUGGGAACUGGAUUCUGGGAAGCAGAAUAUUUUGGGCAAUUGUGCCCAGAGUGUGAAACGGCUCUAUUUGCAAUUCAGCGAGGUGAGAAACCAGAUUGAAUUAAGCUGCUGCAAAGUCCUGCAUUUAAAUGUAUAUAAAAAAAAUCCAUUAUUUAUUUAUACACGAGCGCAUCACCUCUGCUUAGGUUAUUCAUAUGAACCCCUCCCCUAUCCACAUCUUUAAGCACCACCUGAUGGCUAUUUAGUCACCUGAUGGCUGAGGUGCCUCUCAUUCUCACAAAAAAAAAAAAGAAAGGGAAAGUCACAUUUUCUGUGGACUAAAGUAAGUUAUUAUUCGUCAUGAAUAUCAACAUGACUGGAGUUGCACCAAUAAGACAAAGCACAAGGACACUACAGAUUCCACUACAGAUGAAGUGGAUUCAACACAUGGACUUGGACUUACACAGACAUUUAGACAAAAUGGAAAGACACUUAUUUAAUCUACGGAGAAAAAAAAGGAAAAGAAAAUAAGUUCCGCAGCUAUUUAUCAAAUUUCUAUAUCAUGUUUCAGGAGCUCUAGACAUCUCUUGCGAUGUUAAUUUAAAGAGAAAAAAAAAGAAAAAGAAAACAAGUACCAGAUAUUUUUAUAUAUUCGUAAUAUCAAGCAUUAAAUUCAAAUUUUCUAAUACAUAAUAUAUGAAGUUAUAUCUUCCUUUACUGGAUUAUUAAAAUACUCCAAAAAAAAGAAAAGAUGCAUCAGAAGGUUGGAAAGCCUGAACCAUUUUUAAAUCCAUCUUCCCUUCCUCAAGUCCAUCGAGGAUCAGGGAACUGAAGAGCACCGUGCAGGAAACAACCUCAGAUCUUAUACGUGUUGGUGCAACUAGCAUUGUGUGAAAUAGAUGAGGAUAUUAGAAAGCUGGAUAGUGCGUGCUGGGCUGUGCUCGUUUGAGCUAGCAGGUAAUGAUUUUCAGGAUAUCAAAUAAUUAUUUUAUCCUAAACGAUGCCAAGCCACGCUUUCCUAAUGUUGAGUCCAGACGUACAUUUCUAGACCCAAAAUGUAAAUAUCAGCUUUCACUUCUAAAAAUAAAUAUUUAUCUAAUGUAACAUCAUUAUAGCAUCAUAGAACAAUUGCGUGGUAAUGAAUUAAUUUGCGAAGCAGAGCAUCUAAUCAGGGCUACUAGCAUCUCCAGGAACGGGAACGGGUUUCAUCGGGGCAUUUUGGUCACAGCAUCUCUGAAGCCAAAAACAGCAUGAUGUAGAAAAGACACAACCAGAGUGCUUUAUAAGGGCAAACAGAUUCAUAUUUAAAUAAUGAACUCUAAAGAUUGUUUGAUGCGGAGUUCUCCACAUUUCACUCUAGACUAGAUAAACGCAUUAUCCCACCUGAUCUCUCCUGAGUUAUCUUGUACAUGAAAGGAUCUGACAUUCGAAUAGUUCAGCUGUAGCGUGAAGAGAGACCUAGAUGAUAUCUGUACCUUAAAGAAGUGCAAUUGAUUCACUAUGUGCAAUAUUGUGCAUUUUAUACUGUUUUUAAAAUCAAACAAUUUAAUACAUAAAAUAAAACCUGAGAAAUUAACAGAGAAAUGGUCUAAUAUGUGCUCUUGUAUGUGGCCAUGUCAUGAGCAAACUGCAGACGUCAUGAGACAAAGCCUGUCUCCUGCUGCACUCGACUUACCUCGGAAGAGGGAACUACGAUGCAUUUCAUGCCAUCGCGCUAUAAAGUAUGAAAAAGACCACGGAUGCCUCCAUUUUUGUCUUUUGUUAGCAACAAGCAAGCCAGCUAACUGUGAUAAGUGAUGCACAUUUUCCUCAACAGCAACCCGUACAGUCAGUGUUACAGAUUUAAUUAUGUUGAUUGAGCUAAAGCAAAUACUUGCAUACACAGCAUAACUCAUUUAAAAGUAGGAGGUACUACUUUGUUUACUGCUGAUGUUGUGAGCAGCCAUGUUUAUUUUAUGUCACUUGCUGAACUCCGGGUUUAGGAGACCUUCCCAAAUUCCUGAGUAGGAAUUCCGAAUUGAGCGUUCUCUUUGCUUUUUCCUAAUCAGAGUUAGGAAAUUACGAGAUACGAGCUAAUUAGUCGAAUGCAGCAAUAUUUUUAUUGCUUUUGUUGUGAUCUUGUGUAAAGAGAGAGAGGAAGCUGUCACACACAGGCGAGACCCCAGAGAGAAGUGAACAUUCAUUAUGGUCGGGUUCGUGCACAGCAGCAUUGUUUAUGUGAGGUUUGUGUCAAAACGCACUAGAACAAGAACAGUCAGCAAAACUAAAAGUAAGCACAAUACACUUCAGUCAGAAGACUAGAAGUAAAACAAAACAUAGAAACAAGUUGUCUAACACACACAAGGACACACACAUGUUCAUAUAUACAGCUGAAGCCAAAACCUUAGCUAAAAACGUUCAAACGAAUUUUUCAAAACUUCACACACUUCAUGUUAGCAUACGCUUCCUGUGCUAAGUCAAUUAGGGCACCUGAUGUGCUCGCAUCAGAGGUCAUUUGCAAACAACCGAGACAGUAAAGACAGAUUUAUUUCAGCUUUAAUUCAUUACAUCAGAAUUCCAGUGGAUCAAAAGUUUACAUACACCAGGUUUACAUACAUCUCCUUAAACCAUCUGGAAGAUUCCAGAAAUUGAUGCAAUACCUUUUAUAAGCUUCUGAUUGGCCAGCUGUCAUAAUAAGGAGUUAAUUGGGGGCACAUCUGUGGCUGUAUUCUGAGCCAGUGCCUUACGGUAUGGUAAACUUUUGGCCUUAACAUAUGGUAAAUUUUUGGCCUUAACUGUACAAGCAAUUUAUCCAGAAACUAAAAAAGACAUACAAUUAAAGUUACCAUAAGUCAUGACAUCUGAUGUACUGUAAAACAAUAUUAAAAUAAAAAAUUAAUAAUAUUAAGAAAAAUAAUGCGUAUUUAAUGGGAUAAGAUUUCUGGACACGUCUGUUAAGGACUUCUGUAACAAUAAUAAUCGAUUCGCUAAUGAUGCACCUAAGAGCUCGUAGGGCUUUUGGCUGUCCAAGAUGCUUCUGAUUGUUAGUAAUUCACAUGAGCAUAGCACAUAAUGUAUGUA